GCAGGACUCCGUACUUACGCCAGUAGGAGAAAACAUGGCGGCCGCCUUGGCAAGGAGGGUGUCUGGGCUGCUUAGGCCGCUGUCUGUCUCUGUGUGUGCCAAGACACCACAGCUCUGUCAGCUCUCCAGCCUCAUCCAGGCUCCACCUCACUUCAGCUCUGCUGCUGCCGCUGUCCGCGCUCCUCUGCGGGCUGCUGUCUGUCUGACACCCCGGUACAACAUCCUGCAACGGGUGUCGGCACUUAUUCCCAGUCUGACUCAACAGCCAAGCAGAAGUCUGACGUAUGUCAGUCUGAAGAAGGGGAAGAAGAAGAGUGUGAAAUCUGUGACAGAAAGAUUCAUGAGGCUGCAUUGUGGCCUUUGGAUCAGACGCAAGGCUGGAUACAAGAAGAAACUGUGGAAGAAGAAGCCUGUCAGACGAAGGCGCCUGAGGGAACAUGUAAUCUGUAACAAAACACAGAGCAAGCUUAUGGAUAAAAUGACAACCACUUUUUGGAAAAGGAGGAACUGGUUUCUUAAUGAUCCGUACCUGAAGUACCACGAUCGGGUCAACCUAAGAACUUGAUGAUUCAUGUUGUGACAUCUUGUUUUCUGUUCGAGUUUUCUGUUAUAUAUGUAAUAAAAUCAUGAUUGUUAAAUCAAAUAAAAUUGUAUUUAUAUAGCCCAA